AUGUCUUCGAACCAGCCAUCGCAAGCUUCUACUGCCCCUGCAGCUAUCCCAUCUGAUACUAGUCUCGAAGCUAUCAUUGGUGGCAUUGGCUACAGUCUUCCCUUCUCGGAUGAAGACUCGAUCGAAGUAAUGCUGCUUGAUGGCUCCGUUGCACAGCUCUUUGCCAGCAAGAUCAUCGUCGGAGAUCAGACUGUGACCUUACCCUCGGACUUGAGCAGCGAGACCACGCUCCCCGGGGGUAUCAGCGCCAAGCCUGCCGAAGCUACAACACCUGAUGAGGACGACGAUGACAAUGACGGCGGUGGUGGUGGGGUCGGUGGCCUUUUCGGUGCUCUUGGAGGCAUUGCAAAAGGUGCGACAUCCGCGCUCGGCGGGGCUAUCGGCGGUGUGGAUGCCGUCACGUCAGGUGCCCUGGCAUUUGCUGGAGGGACAGCUGGUGCUAUCUCCGGUCCACUUACAGGAGCCAUUGGUGACACGGGCAAGUUUGUUUCCUCCUUGAACGGUAUACAGAAGUCGAUCCCCGGAGACGAGCUCACGAAAGGUGCUUUCGACACAUUCACCCGUGCCCAUCAACUCGCUCGUCAGUCUUUGAACUGGAUGAAGUCGACGCAGAACUUAGCUCAGAACUUUGACGACUUAUCAUCCGACGUCCAAUCCAAAGUCAUGUCAGGCGCGGGCGAGUUCGUAAAGGCUGGUGGUACUUUAGCUCAGUGCAAAACUGCAAUGGAGGCCUUCCAGGACUUUCCUUGGGAAGACGCCGAAGUACCGAGUCAGACAGCUCAACCUAGUGGGACAGACAAGCCUACCGAAACAGCCUCGACGCAGAGUACCAAGGGAACUCCCACCGCGCAGACUACUUCUAAGCAGUCGACCACGGAUAUGACUUCCACGACACAGAGCGCGAGCUCCACUGUUACUUCGAGCCAGACAUCGUCAUCUAGUAGUGAGACACCGACACCCACAGCCGAUCUCAAACGAGAGUACAUGAUUUCUUCCAAAUAUGGCACGCCUUGGACAAGUUUCAAAACCCUCAUUGACAACCUAGACGGAGGUGAGGGAUUCUUGGCCAGAUUCGACAGUAUUGAAAGUUACAUGUACGUCACCAUGCUCAACAGUAAGCAAGCAGCAGAGAUAGCCGAUUCGCAUGACUGGAUUUUCUGGAUCGGUCUCAACGCAGGCGGAGCGCUGGAAGAAGAGCUAGAGGACUUCGCAGAGGAAAGACGAGACUCCAGUGUUGACCCUGUACAGUGGUACCAUAUCGCUAGCGAGCACGACACGCCAUGGGAGAAGUUUAAAGCCUUGAUCGACACACUUGACGGGGUCGAGAACUCACUGGUUAGAUGGGACUAUAUCGGAAGUUAUAUGUACGUUGCGAAAAUGACAGCCACGCAAGCGAAAGAGAUUUCUGAAUCCCAUGACUUCAUCAAAUGGAUUGGUAUCAACGAUGGCGGAGUGCCGGGAGAAGAGCUAGAGAAUGUUGCAGAGCAAAGACGAGCUGUCAGUGUAGCGCAGGCUGGACAAAGGUCGCUAUCAGAAACGCCAAAGCCGCCCAGAAUACCUGCAUCGACGAUCGUGCAUCCCGAAACCACAUCUGGAGAUGACCACCAUAUUCCGCCGAAUGACAUGGUUUCGUCGAGAAUGACUGAACAUCGUGGGAAUGAACUACCCGCAAGUAUCGAACUCAGCGAGAGCUCUACUAGCACUUCGAAUCGAACUUUGUCAUCCAGUAGUGAGACGCCGAUCGCGACUGCAACAACCGAGCAAGAGUAUGCGAUACACAGCAAGAAUGAUACCCCUCCCGAUGUCUUCAAGAGUUUCAUCGACGAGCUAGACGGAGGGAAAGGAUAUCUAUAUAUCUGGGAGGCUCUUGGUGGGCAGCUGUACAUAACUUUGCUCAACGCUGCACAAGCAAAGGAGCUGCCCGAGAAUCACGACUUCAUCGAGUAUGUCUUUCGAAACACGAUUGCGGAGGCUUUCGAGGGUGACGAAGCAUCUUAA